AUGAAAUUCAUGGACCAACAGAAUGGAACUGUAGCCACCUCAGUGACUGAAUUUAUUCUCAUGGGAGUCACAGACCGCCCAGAGCUACAAGCCCCACUCUUCGGCGUGUUUCUACUCAUCUACUUGGUCACAGUGGUGGGGAAUUUGGGCGUGAUCAUCCUAACAAAGAUCGAUUCUCACCUACAAACCCCCAUGUACUUUUUCCUCAGGCAUCUCGCAUUUACUGAUCUUGGUUAUUCCACUGUCGUUGGUCCCAAAAUGCUUGUGAACUUUGUGGUAGAGAAAAAUACAAUUUCCUACAAUUGGUGUGCAACCCAGCUAGCUUCCUUUGAGGUUUUCAUUAUCAGUGAACUUUUCAUCCUGUCAGCCAUGGCUUAUGAUCGCUAUGUGGCCAUUUGCAAGCCCCUCCUCUACACAGUCAUCAUGUCAGACAGGGUAUGUUUGGUCUUCGUGGCCAUCCCUUACCUCUAUAGCAUCUUUGUGGCAUUGCUGGUCACAGCUAAGAUUUUUAUUUUGUCCUUUUGCAGAUCCAAUGUCAUCAGACAUUUCUAUUGUGAUGGUCUUCCCUUGCUGUCCAUUGUAUGUGCUGACACAAGUGAAAUGGAAUUGAUUUUUCUAAUCUUUUCUGCUUUAAAUUUGCUUUCCUCCCUCCUAAUUGUCUUUGUUUCCUACAUACUCAUUCUUGUGGCCAUCCUCAGGAUGAACUGUGCUGAGGGCAGAUCGAAAGCCUUCUCCACCUGUGGCUCCCAUCUCACUGUGGUGGUUGUGUUCUAUGGGACCCUUCUCUUCAUGUAUUUGCAGCCCAACUCUAGCCACUCCUUUGAGACAGACAAGAUGGCCUCUGUGUUUUAUACCUUAGUCAUCCCCAUGCUUAACCCUUUGAUCUACAGUUUGAGGAACAAAGAGGUAAAAGGUGCCCUAAAAAGAACCCUAGAAAAUCGAUGCAAACUUCCUAUUUAA